CCGCUGUGGAAUGCUGUGGAAUGCUGUGGAAUGCCGUCGUUGAAGAUUCAAUGUGUCUUUUGCUGAAGCUGUGACUGACUGUGCCCUCUUUGGUUGUGAUGUCCUGUGAGGUGGGCUCCCGGUUUGUUGCUGGUGCUCUUGAGCGUGGUGUUGUCACUUCAUCAUCUCCAGAGCUUAGUGGCCCGUGUGUUGUGGCCAUGUUCCUUCCAAUGGGUGUGCUGCUCGAUGCCAUGACAACGUGGCUCUGGUAACGGUGUCAUAUGGCGUCUGCUUUUGUGUAUCUCUCGAAUUUGUGUAAUCUACUGGCUGAAGUCCAGUAUAAUUCAAAGAUACACAAUUGCAACGUCGUAUCAACACGGAGGAAUAGCUCGUUGAUACACAACAGCUCCCACUAUAUUACACUGACCAAUGGUUGUGCCUGUGCUGAAUGGAAGGUCUCCUGAGACUGGGGCCUUCAAAGAGGAAGGCGCUGAUGACCAUCUAAGCGUGAUAUCGAGAAUGUCGACUGCAAACCCAACCGCGGUCAGUGCUGCUCUGGAGCAGGCUACGUUGUUGCGUAGCUCUGACUCUACCACUGUUCGUUCUCCAAGCGAUGUGCGUCCUCUGGAUGACCAAUUGGGCAUCAGCGUUGGUGGUCCAAACGAGGAGAUAUUGGAUACAGUGCUGUACUACGUUCAAGCACAACAAGGCGCACAAUCUGAACCCUUACCGGAACAUGGCCAUCACGAGGACGCGCCUUUGGAUCAGAUGAACCAUGUGGUAUCAUCUGCACCUAUAAACACUCUUGAUGGCUUGGUAAGAGAAUCCUUCUUGGGAAGCAGUCAACAAAUCGUCGAUGAAGUUUCUCCACCAACUCAUGAAACUGUGUACCGGCGUAUCGAUGAAGUAAGAUCACCUUCCAGUAACUAUGACGAAGUUGAAGACGCUUACAACAAUACGUUAUCUGAGCCCAAUUUGCUCUCGCCAAUUGAUCCUCUACCCUCUCAUCUUUUACGCAGUGAAAGUGCUAAUAAUGACGCUGAGACGCAUUCAGUUAAUCGUAUGAAUUCAUUGAGACAUUUAAACGAUUUGAGUGAAACCUCCGACGUUGCGGCCUCUUUUAAACCUCAGAUCAUUGCAUCUCCAGAAGAGUCGGACCGUCUGAUAUUACAAGACUCCUUGUUAAGAUGUGGGGCUAUCCAUAGGACACACAAUGAUAUAGCUUUGAUCAAGAGGGCUCUUUCAAGAUCAAAAUCUACAAAAGCUGAUUACUCCACGGGACAAGUUCAGUCUGGUGAGCAUGGUAAACCGUUAUUGUUUUCAAGAAACUCUGUAAAGAGGAAACCUGAAGUUUUGGGGGAACAAACUCAACAACUUCCAAUCAACAGUGUGCUUUUUGAUGACCCUGAAGAUUUGGAUCAGAUAUCUGAACUUGGAUAUGCCUCAAGUGAUAAAUUCAACGUGGCUACAAAUGAAAGUGAAUUGAAUUGUUUGAAAGAUCAAAUUCAAAGUCAUAAAGCAAUGGCAAAACCGAAUUCUCCUUCAAAAUUCAUGGAAAUUGUUAAAAGUGCAUUACCCUUCAAAUCUCUCUACAGAGCACAGGAUUCCAAGUUGAAUCUACGUACAGCUGAUGGUGAAACUUCAAAGUUUUUGAAGGAGAACUUAGAAGGAUUGAACAGUGGAGUUGGCAAAACCAAGGAGAAGAACCACAUGGUUAAGAGGAACAAUAUCAUCAUGUGGUGCCUAUUUAUGCUAUUGAUGAUUGUAAUGUGUAUUUGCAUUCCAUUGAUCAUAAUCUUGAUGAGGGGCUCGGAUUCUAUUGUGACAAAGUAUUUAUCAAACAUUUCCCCACAUCAUAGAGAGGAAUUGUUAAGCCCGUUCAUUUUGGGAAACAACUCCACAGAUGGUGUCAGAACUGGUGGCAAGGGAGAACACAGACCCCGGAAGCUAAUGAGACCUCAACCAUUAACUCCAACCAUUGCUGGAAUCUCAAAAUUUGAGAAUAUCCCACAUAAUUAUCAAAGAAGUAGAGAGCUAAGACAGUUGAUGACCAAUGACAAUCUAACAAACGUUUUCUAUGGCAUUGAUUAUGCACCAAAAAAUGUCAUUUCACCUCAGUGCGGUGUUACUGCAAAAGAUGUUAUUCUUGAUGUUGCUCUCUUGUCACAGGUUACCUCAAGGAUACGGACUUAUGGUACACAAUGCAACCAAACUAGACAUAUCUUGAAUGCCAUUCAACUGUUACACUUGAACGUAUCUUUAUCCAUGGGAGUAUGGAUUGGAGCCAAUGAAGCCGCAAACAAUGAACAGAUCCAAGAGCUGAAAUCCGUGUUACAGAAAUAUCCAAGGGAACUCUUUGAAUCUGUUUAUAUCGGCAAUGAAGUUUUGUUCAGAGAAGAUGAAACACAGGAUAAGCUCAUUGGGUACAUUGACGAAGUUAAAAGCUUUAUUCGCAAAGAAUUGAAAUGGGACUUACCCGUCGGUACAUCUGAAUUAGGUUCUCGAGUUAGCACAGACGUUAUGAAACACUGUGACUUUUAUGGGGUCAACGUUGAUCCAUUUUUGAAUGGUGUAAACGCUGUGGAGGCUGGGAAUUGGACCCAUAACUAUCUAACUACUCAAGUGGAUCCGUAUAGACGACUUAUAACUACAAGAUCGCAUACACCUCAAGUCAUUCUUUCCGAAGUUGGAUGGCCCUAUGGUGGAGGACAAUAUCGUGCUGCCAAAGCAGGACUUAAAGAGAUGCAACAAUUCUUGGACAGCUUUAUAUGCAGUGCAAAAGAUGGGAAAAGGCCAUGGUAUUUCUUUGAAGCCUUUGAUGAGCCUUGGAAGCAAGUCUACCAUAGACCCAAUGCUAAAUGGGAAACCGAAUGGGGGUUAUUCACCUCCGAUAGAAAGAUUAAAGAGAACAUUUCAAUACCAAAAUGUCUCUAAAAAGUCUAGGUAAACGUAUAAAUCAGAUACAAAUAAAGUG